CUCCUUGUCCCGUCCGCGGAGCCGCAGCGCCGCGCUCUCCCCCCCUCAGCCUCACCCGCCGCCUCCGCCGCCUUUGAGGGAGAAUGUAAUAAAAGCGAAAAACACGCCGACUUCACCAUACUUUCAUGGAAAGAAGGGCUCCGGGUGCAGGAUCAUGGGGUUUGGCCAAAUCCUCCACCAGCAGAGCGACGAGGAGCGCCAGGUCCGCAUCAACGUGGGAGGGGUGCGACACGAGGUGGCCCCGGACACGCUUCUCCGCUUCCCGCACACGCGCCUGGCGCGCCUGCUGCGCUGCCAGAGCGAGGCGGCCAUCUUGGAGCUGUGCGACGACUACAGCCCGGCCGAGCGGGAGUUCUACUUCGACAGGAACCCCCGGGUCUUCCUCUGCGUGCUCAACUUCUACCACACGGGUCGCAUCCACAUGAUGGAGGAGUUCUGCGUCUUCUCCUUCAGCCAGGAGAUCGAGUACUGGGGCGUCCAGGAGCUCCACCUGAGCCCCUGCUGCAGCAACUGGUACCACGAGAGGAAGGAGUACAUCGAGGACAGGGACUGGGACGUCCGGAGCGACGAUCAGCAGCCCAGCUUCGACUCCUCCUUCGAGGAGCUCUCGGCUCUCGAUAAGGACCUGGCCAAGUUCAAAGGCGCCUGGUGCGGGGAGGUGCGGAGCUACGUUUGGCUCCGACUGGAGGACCCGGGUCACUCCCGGGCCUCCAAGGUCAUCGCCGUGGCCUCCCUCAGCGUGGUGCUGACCUCCAUCGUCGCCAUGUGCGUGCACAGCAUGCCCGAGUUCCAGCAGGUGGACGACAACGAGCGGCCCAUCGAGGACCCGGUCCUCGCCAUCCUGGAGGAGAUCUGCAUCGCCUGCUUCUCCGCCGAGUUCCUCAUCCGGCUCAUCGUGGCGCCCUCCCGCAGGAAGUUCCUCGGGAACCCGCUCAACAUCAUCGACGUGGCGUCCAUCCUGCCGUUCUACGCCACGCUAGCCCUGGAGACGGCCGACGAGGACGCCGAGGAGAACGAGGACCUGGAGAACGUCGGCAAGGUGGUGCAGGUCCUGCGCCUCAUGCGGGUGCUCCGGAUCCUCAAACUGGCCCGCCACUCCAUCGGGCUGCGAGCGCUGGGCGCCACCGUGCGCCACAGCUACCACGAGGUGGGGCUGCUCCUCCUCUUCCUCUCCGUGGGCAUCUCCAUCUUCUCCGCACUCAUCUACUUCGCCGAGAAGGAGGAGGAGCACACGGAUUUGGCCACCAUCCCUCUAGGGUGGUGGUGGGCCACGAUUACCAUGACAACCGUCGGCUACGGCGACACCUGCCCAGUGACGCUAGCGGGGAAGCUAGUGGCCACCCUGUGCAUCGUCUGUGGCCUGUUAGUGGUGGCUCUGCCCAUCACUAUCAUCUUCAACAAGUUCUCAAAGUACUAUCAAAGGAACAAAGCCAUGGAGGGGCAGGGCAUCACCAAGCCCGAGAGGCAAGACCCCGAACUCCCUUAUUACAACAUCCGAGACUUGUUCGAGACGGCGUAUCCCUUCAUCGGGAGUCUGGCCUUUAGGAAUAGCACGAGCUCGGCGGGCAACAACACAGAUGCCUCCAGCCUCCCGGACAUAGAGGUGUACGACAACAGCACGUGUGAGAACAGUGCAGCGCAGUGAGCAAGUCCCACCUUUCCUCUGAGGGGCUGUAACUGACCCUGCCUUCCUCCACCGUCUCCUCCUGCUAUUUGACAGAGAAAUACUGGGCCGUGAAUGUUUUUUUUUUCCUUCUGCAGGGGAGGAGCGGCGGAAAUAUACAGCGUCACUAAAACCGGGGAACCUAGCGGGAAUUAUCUGAGCCUUGCUCAGAGGUUUGAGAGCCCAUUUUCUGCUCGAGAACACUGCAAUGAUGCAUGUCGGAGGCCAUAAUGUUAAUCUUUUGCAGAGUAAUGUGGUGUAUUGAUUUGUCUGCUCCCUGAAAGUUGAGACAGAGAGAGGGAGUUUGGCAACUGCAGUCAAGAAUGACACAACGCUGUGGGACGUCGACGCUUGACCGAUGCCGCGGCGACUGCAUGAGUGGGGGGUCAGAGGGCGAAAACAUGAAGAGACAAGGUGACGCGACUCCGUCACGGCGCCGCUGAAGCCCCGGUGUCCGUCAUUAACCCUUGUGUUGGCAUGUUGGGGGACUCCUCGGGGGGGAAACUCAUGUGGACAUGAAUAAAACCCAGUGGAUCUGAAGAAACGCGCCUCUCAUUUACCGCAGGACUCACAUUACAGGGCUCAGCUCAGGCUCAUUUGAAACACACACCUCCACUGUUACAUCCCGACAAAGGUGAAGCCAAAAUCAUUGAAAUGCAAUUUUGAAAUGCAGUGAAAACGAGGAGUGGACUUAUUUUCUUCCCUAUUCCGUGUUUUUCCUCCCUGAAAGCAUUGAUUUCCUGUCCAGCGGCAUUGUCUCUGCUUGGGUGAGCUCCUCUCUGCAGGGAUCUCAGAUGUGCAUGAGCCGCUUCACCGUUCGCUUCAGAAUCCGAAACCUGCGAGACAGUGAGCGAACGCUGACGCGAACAGAGCAGCACAUUAGUCCCAAAUUAUUUGCUAACAGUAGUAAAUGACUCCGACCAUUGGCCUCGUUAUAGUAGCUGCACUGGUAGAAUUUCACUUUGUUAGCUGCUAUUUAUUGUCAGAGACAUUAGUUAUAUUACACAUACAGAUUUUUUUUGUAGCAAACUGCUCAUGACUGAUGAAAAACUGAUUUUGUUGUAGUUGGUGUGAAUCCGUAAUCUUUAUUCAACACUAGUGAACAGUGACAUUAGUUUUUCUGUGAUCUAAUGACACCAGCAUCACAUCAUAAUGGAUGUUGGUUCCUCCCCAUUACGCUGCGCCUCGAGGCUUCGCGGUGGUUCUGCUGAAGGUGGUAGUUUUCAGCAGAGGGGGUUCCACUGUGUUUGGACCGAGACCUGGUGCUUGGGCUGAGAGUCAACCUCUGGCCUGGACCUGGAAGCACGUUUGCUUGUGAAGCAGACUGAGCUGCAGCAUUAAACACUGGGGAUAAACGGCGCCGCUGCACAAUUGGAUUACUGUCAGAAACAGUGUUCACGCUCCUGAGUGGGAAGUAAAAACCGAUCAAUAAAAUGUAUUUAAUCUUUGCUCAAUCUGUGAGAUUUAUACGCGUGAUCACGGCUAUAGGUUCGAUGCUGCUGGUGAGAGUCCACUGUCCCACUGACAUCGCAGUUCAACAACAGGCCUCCGCUUCAGGUAUUUGAAGAGCAAACAUAAAUCUUUUCCUCAAAAAUCUGACAUUUGUUAGUGAGCGCAUGAAAUUGUAUAUCGCACAAAGCCUCGGGGUCCGUGGAGGCAUUUGUUCUUGAACUUCAUACGGGAGGAAAAGGUCAUCGCAUGCAGUGAUGAAUGUGUGAAAGGCACACAGGAAUGUGGAGCUCUUACUGUAAAAGUGUACCCUUUAUACACACUCACCAUCAUAUAAACAUAAAUCAAAGUGAUCUAAUAUUAUCAUCUAAAUAUUAAGGUGCAUAAUUUUAAAUGACAGCAAAUAAAGUUCUAAAGCGUUAUUGAUCAGAGGCGUUCGGCGACGCUGCUCACCGCAGAGCUUCCUCUCAGCCAUUAGCAGCAGCGCUGUGGUUUCAGGCUCAGCUUCAGCCGCUGCAGAAGGAGGUUCAUUACAGCGAACCUGCGCGGACAAGGCUACUUAGCUGCAGCGUUUCAUUAAACCCGCUCCAUUCGACUCAGGGACGUGAGCCUUUCACACGUUGAUUUGCAUCUAUAUAUUGUUGCCAACACACUGUGAAGAAGAAGAUUCACAACAUUGUGUCGUAUCGUAAAACAUUUGAGAUUUGUUUUUGACGAGGCCCAGAUUGAGUUUUUUAUUUACUGUGUCUUGCGGUAGUCAGUGUGAAUUUCACAGGCCGGAGCUGCAUAUCAGAGUGUUUAUUGCCUGAGACAGACAUCACCAUGAGCACAUCCUUCACACAAACACUCCAAACAGCAGGGAGAUUUUUAAGCACACAUAAAAAUGCAAAUCCCCCCAAAAACAAUGUGGCUGAUUUGUCGAAAUAUACAGAUAUGAGUACUUCACACCUGGAUGAUGACUCUAGAGGCUGCGCUCACCUUCACCUCUCCUUGGACAGUGCCUCGUGGCUCAUCCCAUUAAGAAGAGCAUGUCUAUUAGCCUUCCCCUUGUCUGCCAUUACACUGAUGGCCACAAAACCCUUGGCACCCGCCAGCACGCGGACAAGCAGAUUAUCAAGCGUCCCGCGUGUCGCCGGGCAAAUAUUUCACUUUGAUGCACACGCCGUGACCUCGGCCCGGUGCUCCCGCGGGUCAGAACUCCACUGGGGCGACUGAUUGCACAGGUGACGCGAGGUCACGGCCCGAAGCGUCGCGCGGCUGCCUCAUUUGUGAGUGCGUAAGCUCUGCUUUAGCCAAAAUCAGGAUCAGCAGCUUGAGUAAUAAUGCACUUUCAUUAUUUACGAGGGUCCAUUUAUAGGUUUAUCCGAGCUGCCGCCACCAGCGUGAUCUGCGCUGACUUUACAUUUCAUUAACAAGGUCUGGAGUGACAGGGAGCUGACGGAGAGCACCGGGCCGGCCCUCCGUCAAGACAAAGUGGGCAGCAUGAGAAAUGUUGUGUACGGUGCUGCGCCUCAUCUCUGGGAUGAUGAACCGACGCCCUGCUCGUCUGUGGGGAGUUGCGAUGGGGAGAGCGAGGAUUUAAUGGAGGCAGUAAAAGAGGGCAGAAAGGCCGUCAAGUCGCGCUAAUGAAUCCGAGGAAGAGAGGAGGGACGGGGUAGAAUGAGAGGACGAAGACACCAGAUUCUCACAUGGAUGAAGAGGGAGGAAGUGCAUCCUCAGACACCAGCACAUCUGCUGUCCGUAUGCAUGCUGCUGACACAUACAGAUGUAUGAAUUCAGCCCAUAAUGGCCAAACGCAUCCAUGCAUUCAUAAAGGCCAUCAUCGAGUUACUGCAGCGUGAUUUCUUUUUACCAUAAAGCAUAAAACAUGCAGCUGAUGUCAAGUGUCUCAGCCACGUAAUGCAUGUCCAGUACUAUGUAAAUGUGUCCACUCAGCCUUUCGGUGCCUCAAUAAAAGCGUGUAAUUGAAGAUCAA